GUAGAGCUUCUUGUUAAACCUUACGCACCUGCCUCGGUCAAGCUACCAUAAGGUUAUAGGUCGGCGUAGAAAGUAGGUUGUUCUCGUUGUGCCAACGUGAAGAUGAGGUUUCAAUCUCCAGCAGCGGUAGCUUUAGCUGCCCUGCCUAUCGUCUUCGGCAUCACGCCCGAGUCUAUGCUUGCUGCGAACCGUUAUGGCGCUGCUGCACCAAACCCUAGCGGUGACUUCGCCCUCUACACCGUGUCAAACUACACGUUCGAGACCAAGAAGAGGUCAUCGCACUGGAACAAGCUCGACCUGAAGACCGGCGAAAUCUCCGUCUGGUAUGAGGGUUCUGAUAUUUCGGAAGUCGUGUUUGUCGGGUCCAAACCCACAAGUAUUAUCUACGUCAAUGGCACGAACGCAGAAGACGACGGCGGCAUAAGUUUGUACUCUGCCGAUGCCGACUCCCUAGAAGAUGCCAAAUUGAUUACUUCUCUACCCGCACCCUACUCGGGUCUCAAGGCUGUCCAGACCGCAUCCGGCGAUAUUCACUUCCUCGUGUAUACUAAGGCGUAUCCUAACGGCACCGCAUAUAAUGAGGCAUCUGCGAGCACACCAGCCAGCACGGCUAGGAUCUACACAGAGACUUACGUUCGACAUUGGGACACAUGGCUUGAUGAUAAGAAAAACGCCGUUUUUGGCGGUGUGCUGAAGGGAGGCAAUGGCUCCUACUCAUUCUCCGGGGAUCUCACGAACUACGUCUCCGGCAUUGCUAAUGUCACCCGUGCUGAGAGCCCCUACGAUCAGAGUGACGAGAGCGAUUACGAUAUUUCACCUGACGGCAGCGGUGUUGUCUUCCUGACCAAGGAUCCCUCGCUCCCGUUAGCUAAUAAUACCGCCGACGUGAUUUACUACGUACCGUUCGAUGGCACUUCGAAGGACGCCGUUCCGAUCAAUGCUAGAGGUACGACGAAGUAUCUCGAAGCCCAGGGCGCAGCCACGAGCCCUAGAUUCUCGCCCUCUGGAAAGAAAAUUGCGUACUUCCAGAUGAACAAUAUUGCCUACGAGUCAGACCGCAAUAUCGUCUACGUUGCCAACGCGGACUCGGAAGAUUUUAACGUGACUGCACUUGCGCUAGACUGGGACAGGUCGCCAGACAGCUUAGCAUGGUCCAAGGACUCAGAGACUCUCUUUGUCGCCGCUCCAGAUCUAGGCCGGGAACGUAUCUUCCCUGUUCCUCUUACCGCCGGUGACUCGUAUGUACCCAAGAACAUCACCAACGAAGGAGUGCCUUCUGCUUUCUACGUCCUGCCUGACGAUUCUAUCCUCGUCUCCGAUUCCAAGAUCUGGACGAGCCGGGAUAUCUACACCGUUUCGUCGGAAGGUGAUGUUAUCAAGACAUAUUUCCAAGCUAAUCUGGUCGACCCUGCUCUUGCCGGCCUUGGCCCGGAGGAUGUAUCCGAGUUCUACUAUUCGACCAACACUUCCGAAAUCAAACAGCAAGCCUGGAUUGUCUACCCAGAAGGCUUCGAUGAGAGCAAAACUUACCCGUUGGCUUUCAUCACACACGGCGGCCCCCAAGGUGCCCACUUCAACUCGUGGAGUACGCGAUGGAACUUCAAGGUUUGGGCAGACCAGGGCUACGUCGUCAUUGCACCAAACCCGACGGCGAGUUCAGGUUGGGGUCAGAAUUUGACAGAUGCCAUCCAAGGCCGAUGGGGUUUAUACCCUUACUGGGACCUCGUCCACGUCUGGGAUUACGUCAACAGCACUCUGAAGUAUGUCGAUACGGAGAAUGGCAUCGAAGCCGGCGCGUCCUUUGGCGGAUAUAUGACAAACUGGAUUCAAGGACACGAGCUUGGAAGGCGAUUUAAGGCCCUCGUGACGCAUGACGGCAGCACAUCAACACUGAACCAGUACGCUAGCGAGGAGCUGUGGUUCAUGAACCACGAUUUCAGCGGCCAAUUCAACUCGAGCAGUUUUGCGACGGGCUCGCCGUACUAUGAAUGGAACCCCUUGUUGUACGUGGAUAACUGGGCGACGCCGCACUUCGUGGUCCACAACUCGCUAGACUUCCGACUACCCGUUAGUGAAGGCAUCCUCCUCUUCAACCUACUCCAAACGAAGGGCGUGCCGAGCAAGCUGCUCAACUUCCCGGACGAGAACCAUUGGGUCCUGAACCAGGAGAACAGUUUGGUCUGGCACACAGAGAUAUUCAAAUGGAUUAAUCACUAUAGUGGUAUUAGUAAUUCGUCGAGUCCUUAUUAGGGCGAGAUGCGAUUCAUCUGGGAUUGAGACAAUUUCAUGAAUCCCGGUAAUACCUAAUUAAAUUAGACAUUAUUGUUUGAUGAAGCGACGUUGUGUCACAUAAAGUGUCUAGUAUGUCUAGUACAUUAUGCCCAGAGCAGUGGUGAUCUAAAAGGUGUCACGGACAACGGAAUAUAAUUUAAUGUUUUUGUCGCAUAGGGGAUCCUUCCGACUUCACAUUAGUUAUAUUUUUAAAGUUUGAUAUCUUAACACCAGGUGCGAAUCACAUAGUUUCAUAUGCAGUGCAAGUACAUGUACCUAUUAGUGAAGGUAAGAGCACUGUGAAAUACAUACAUAGGUAAUUUACCUAACUAGGUAGAAA